AGGCGGCGAGCGCGGUGCCCGGAUGUGAGGGGGUGGCGGGGCGCCGUGCGGCCAGGAGGUGCCAUGGGCGGCCGCAACAAGAAGCACCGGGGCGGCGGCGGCGCGGCUCAUGCCGCCUCUGUCGCCGCUACCGCCACCGCCGCCGCCCGGGCUCGGGCCGCCGCCGCCGAGGCCGGCGCUGCUGCCGCUGCGGAGGCGGCGGGCAGCCGAGCGGCGCCGCGGCCGCCGCCGGCCUCCAAGGAGCCUCGCGUCAAGCAAGGUCCAAAAACUUACAGUUUUAGUUCAACAACGGAUUCCAGUGCUGCUGCUGCAAAUCUAGAUAAAUCUGUUCUUAAGGUAAUGAUUAACAAUAAUUUGGAGAAAAGGAUUAUUGGUGUAAUCAAUGAGCAUAAAAAACAAAAUGAUGACAAAGGAAUGAUUUCCAAAAGACUUACUGCUAAGAAACUACAGGAUGUAUAUAUGGCUUUACAAAGAUUCUCUUUUAAGACUGAGCACAUUGAGGAAGCAAUGAAAAAUACAAUUUUAUAUGGUGGUGAUCUUCACUCUGCCCUUGACUGGCUUUGUUUAAACCUUCCAGAUGAUGCACUGCCUGAAGGUUUUAGCCAGCAGUUUGAGGAACAACAACAGAAACCUAGAGCAAAAUUUUCUUCUCCUGUGCCACAACACCAACCUCCACCUUGCUUAGUAGAUAACAAAAAGAAAGAAAACAACCCUGAAACUAAGGAAAAAAAUGUGGGCAAAGAGAAAGAAGUGACUAUGAAGGAAUGGAUUUUGCGAUAUGCUGAGCAACAGAGUGAUGAAGAGAAAAACGAGUCUACGAAAGAGACAGAUGAAGAAAAGUUUGACCCAAAUGAAAGGUAUUUACAUCUGGCUGCAAAGCUUUCAGAAGCAAAAGAACAAGCAAGCCUCUCCAAGCAAGACAAAGAUAAGCAAGGCCAGAAGGUAGCACAAGAGAAAAUAAGAAGAAUUCAGCAAGAAAUGGCAACACUUGAAGAACAUCCUGUAUUUAAUCCAGCUAUAAAGAUUUCAAACCAACAACAAAAUGAAAAGAGAAAAACUCCCUUACCUCAGGAAACCACUUUGAAUCUGAGCUUGCUUGAAAAACCUGAGGGUGCUGCAAAAGAAGAGAAAGUGAAAAAGAAAGAACCACUAGAUAUAAGAAAUUUUGAUUAUAGUGCUCGAAGCUGGACUGGUAAAUCGCCCAAACAAUUCUUGAUUGACUGGUGCAGAAAAAAUUUUCCCAAGAGUCCAAAUCCUGCUUUUGAAAAACUUCCAGUUGGAAGAUAUUGGAAAUGUAGGGUCAGGAUUACCAAAUCAUCUGAUGAUAUAAUGGCAGUGUGUCCUACAAUUGUAACGGAAGAUAGUAUGCAAGCACAGCAUCUGGCUGCUACUUUGGCGCUCUAUCGCUUAGCCAAGGGACAGUCAGUCCAUCAGUUGCUGCCUCCUACCUAUCGAGAUGUCUGGCUAGAAUGGAGUGACAUUGAAAAGAAAAAGGAAGAAGAAAACAAGAUAGAAACCAACAAACCUCGUGAUAACUUUAUUGCUAAAUUAUUAAAUAAACUCAAACAACAGCAGCAGCUGCAGUCUGAAAACCAACCCAAAGUAUCUGAGGAUCCUGAAGAUUCUUGGGAAAACUUAGUUUCUGAUGAGGACUUCAGCAAUCUCUCCCUUGAGACCCCCGGCACAGAUGAUCUGGAACCUUCAAGGAUUUUGUUCAGAAAGUUGCAAAGUUCCUCCAGAUACCAGAGGCUUCUGAAAGAGAGACAGGAGUUACCUGUGUUUAAGCAUAGACAUUUGAUAGUAGAAACUCUUAAAAAACAUCGAGUAGUUGUUGUGGCUGGUGAAACAGGCAGUGGGAAAAGUACCCAGGUGCCCCACUUCUUGUUAGAAGACUUGUUACUAGACGAGGGAUCAAGUAAAUGUAAUAUUGUUUGUACACAACCCCGAAGAAUCUCAGCUGUGAGUCUGGCAACCCGGGUUUGUGAAGAGCUAGGCUGUGAAUCUGGACCUGGAGGAAAAAAUUCCUUGUGCGGUUAUCAAAUCCGUAUGGAAUCGAGAACAGGAGAAGCCACUAGACUACUAUACUGUACAACAGGUGUUCUGCUUCGGAAACUUCAAGAAGAUGGUCUUCUUUCAACUAUAUCUCACGUUAUUGUAGAUGAGGUACAUGAAAGAAGCGUCCAGUCUGAUUUCUUGCUAAUUAUUCUGAGGGAGAUCUUGCAUAAACGUUCAGACCUGCAUCUGAUUUUAAUGAGCGCUACUGUAGACAGUGAGAAGUUUUCCAGCUAUUUCUCUCACUGUCCCAUUUUAAGGAUCUCAGGGAGGAGUUACCCUGUUGAGAUUUUCCAUGUUGAAGAUGUAAUUGAAGCAACUGGAUAUGUUCUGGAGAGAGACUCGGAAUAUUGUCAGAAGUUCUUGGAGGAGGAGGAAGAAAUAACAAUAAAUGUUACUAGCAAAGGAGGAAGCACUACAAAGUAUCAGGAAUAUGUCCCAAUCCAGUCUGGAUCUGGUAUUGAUUUGGCUCCUUACUAUGAGAAGUAUAGCAGUCGAACACAGCAAGCAAUCUGCUAUAUGAACCCUUACAAGAUCAACCUUGAACUUAUUUUGGAGUUGCUUGCAUACUUAGAUAGAAGUCCCCAGUUCAAAAAUGUUGAAGGUGCUGUGCUGAUAUUUUUACCAGGCCUUGCUCAUAUCCAACAGCUGUAUGACCUCAUUUCAACUGACCGAAGAUUUAACUUGCGUGACAGGCACCGGCUGAUAGCUUUGCAUUCUGUUCUCUCAACUCAAGAUCAAGCAGCUGCAUUUACAAUACCUCCUCUUGGCAUUAGAAAGAUUGUUUUGGCAACGAAUAUAGCAGAGACAGGCAUUACAAUACCAGAUGUUGUCUUUGUAAUUGAUACUGGGAGAACGAAAGAAAACAGGUAUCAUGAAAGCAGUCAAAUGAGUUCCCUGGAGGAGACCUUUGUUAGUAAAGCUAGUGCUCUGCAGCGGCAAGGAAGAGCUGGACGUGUUAGGGAUGGCUUCUGCUUCCGAAUGUACACAAGAGACAGGUUUGAAAGCUUCAUGGAAUAUUCUGUUCCAGAAAUACUACGUGUGCCUUUGGAAGAAUUAUGCCUUCAUAUUAUGAAAUGCAGUCUUGGUUCUCCUGAAGAUUUCCUUUCCAAAGCAUUAGACCCACCACAGCUACAAGUAAUCAGUAAUGCAAUGAACUUGUUAAGGAAGAUUGGGGCUUGUCAAUUAAGUGAGCCCAAACUGACUCCACUGGGCCAGCACCUUGCAGCCCUUCCUGUCAAUGUUAAAAUUGGCAAAAUGCUUAUAUUUGGUGCUAUAUUUGGCUGUUUGGAUCCUGUGGCAACUUUGGCUGCUGUUAUGACAGAAAAAUCCCCAUUUACUACACCAAUUGGUCGAAAAGAUGAAGCAGAUCUUGCAAAAUCAUCUCUAGCAGUGGCAAUUUCAGACCAUAUAACAAUCUACAAUGCCUAUCUUGGGUGGAAAAAGGCUCGACAAGAAGGAGGAUAUCGUGCUGAAAUGACUUAUUGCAGAAGAAAUUUCCUUAACAGGACUUCGCUAUUAACUCUGGAGGAUGUGAAGCAAGAACUCAUAAGGGUGGUCAGAGCAGCAGGCUUCACAGCACCAACAGCUCAACGUGGAUGGGAUGGAAAUGGAGCUACGCAAUCCCCUUCUCUUGAGGAAAUAGCUCUUCUUAAAUCUGUGUUGACUGCGGGGCUGUAUGACAACGUAGGAAAAAUCAUAUACACGAAGUCUGUGGAUAUCACAGAGAAGCUGGCAUGCAUGGUAGAAACUGCUCAGGGUAAAGCACAAGUGCAUCCCUCCUCUGUAAAUCGAGACUUACAGGUAUAUGGAUGGCUUCUUUACCAGGAGAAGGUGAGGUAUGCUAAGGUGUACCUGAGAGAGACUACUUUAAUUUCCCCCUUUCCCAUUUUGCUUUUUGGUGGGGAUAUAGAAGUCCAGCAUCGAGAGCGUCUCCUGUCUGUGGAUGGUUGGAUCCAUUUUCAGGCUCCUGUGAAGAUUGCAGUAAUCUUCAAACAACUGAGAGUUCUCAUUGAAUCUGUACUAAAGAAGAAGCUUGAAAAUCCUAAAAUGUCUCUUGAAGAUGACAAGGUUUUACACAUCAUCAAAGAACUGAUAAAAACAGAGAAUGGUAAUUGAAACUGAAAAUCAGUAACAAAACAGAGCUUCAGUAAUAGCAGGGGAAAUGUGCACUCCAACUUUAACUGAAAAUAUUUAAACACUUAAUGUUCUUGAUACCAGCCAUGACUUGGGAAGACUGCAUGGUUUUGCGUAAAACUUACCUUUCUGGGUAACUUUUAAAGGUGAACAUUGAAUAAGUUUAGCCAUUGCAAUACACUUGGUGCCAUUUGUUUGAGCAUACUAAUGAUGCAGACAGAACAGUUUCUUUUCGAUAUAAAAAUGACUGUGUCCCAUUCUAGUUGUCUUUGUUUCCAUUUAAUGUGGUAAUUAUGCCAUUGCUGGUGAUGCAGACACUACUAAUAAUUCAAGAUUGGGUCUCAAAUCUCUGUGGGGUAGUACUUCAUUGGAUGUUUGCAAACAGAAGACAAACUUUUUUUUUUACUUGGAUUUCCUAAGUGCUAAUUCUUUUGAGCUAUGAAUUUGCAUUAUUAAAGCAAUACAUCUUA